CUAUUCACAUUUCAACAUCAUAUCUCCCUUCCUAAUAUUUUCCAUCCAUUUACAACCCACUUUCCUAGCAAAAACAUACUCUUUUCUUCCACACCACUAUAUUUGCCAAAUCCUAACCCAAUCCCACAACAACAACAACACAAACAGAUCCUGAUCCACUACACUAAAUUAUAGCAAAUGAAUGUUAUUUUACCUGAAACUGUCUCUGCCAAGAAAAAGAAGCUACUCAUAAAAGAGCUUCUUCAGGGUAAAGAAUAUGCUACUCAGUUAAAACUUUUGCUUAAGAAUCCUGUUUGUUCUGAUGGGUCUCCUUCUGUUAAGGAAUUGGUGACUAAUGUGUUGAGAUCUUUCUCUGAGACUAUUUCUGUGAUGAAUUCUACUGAAGAUUGUAGUUUAGAUGUGAAUGAUUCAGGUUCAUUGGUGGAAGCUGAUGAUUUGAAGUCUGAAGAUACAAGUGAGAGUAAGAAGAGAUUGUCGCCAACUACAAAGGAUAGAAGAGGUUCCUACAAAAGAAGGAAGACAGAUGAGACAAGGACCAUAGUCUCUAAAACAAUUGGUGACACUCAUUCCUGGAGAAAGUACGGACAGAAGGAAAUCCUCAAUUCUAAUUUCCCAAGGAGUUACUUCAGGUGCACCCGGAAGCAUGAUCAAGGUUGCAAAGCAACCAAACAGGUACAAUUGAUAGAAGAGAAUCCAGAAAUGUACCAAAUUACAUACAUUGGCUUUCACACAUGCAAAUCCACUCUACACACUCCACAAAUGGUCUCAUUCUCUGAAGAUACUAAUUGGGAUUCAAUUCUUGUGAAUUCUAAUCCUCACUCAAAGGAGGUUCUAACAAAUUAUGAUCAACAAGAUUCACAUGUUAUUAGCUCAGAAAGGUCAAUUGUGAAACAAGAAUAUCCCAACAACGACGACAGUACUACUCCGAGGAGUGAUGUUACUGACAACUUAUUGGAUCCUAAUUUGUGGUCUGAUUUUAAGGAUUUUGAACUCUCCAAGGAUAUUGUGUAUUCCUGCACUGAAUCUCAAAAUCUUGAAAUUGAUUUUGGGGUGUUUUCUUCUGAUUUCAGCAAUGAUUUGAUAUAUUUUGAUGAAAGUCAUUUGCUUUAAUUAGUUAGCUUAUUGAGUGUGUACGUAUUUUGAUCUUCCACGUCUGUCAAUUUGAUGUAGAGAAGAGCUUUUCUACAAUGAACUUAGAGUAACCAGUUACCAUUUGUAAGUUUUAUCUGCCAUAUAAUAGGCGUGUGCAUAUAUAAAGGUAUGUUGCACAAUUUGCUUUUCUGUUAUCUUUGCAAGAUAUUGUAUAUGAUGAUCAAAUUAAUGGCC